AUGACAGUCCCCAAGGCAUUCACCAUAGGGGCAGUCACCAUAGGGCAGUCCCACCAAGGCCGCCCCAAAAAGGGGCAGUCAGCCCCAAGGGCAUCAGCACCAAGGCAGUCAGCACCAAGGCAGUCACCCCAGGGCAGUCACCCCAAAAGGCAUUCACCACAUAGGAAGUCACCCCCACAUAGGCGGGCACCCCCAAGGUCACCACCAAGGCAGCACCCCAAAGGGCAGUCAUCACAAAACAGUCACCACCAUGACAGUCACCACCAAGGCAGUCACACCACGGAGUCAAACCCAAGGCGUCCCCAAAAGGCAGUCCCCCACAAAGGCAGUCACCAAAAGGGCAGUCCCCACAUAGGCAGAAAACCCCCGACAGUCACCACCUGA